UCUUUACCAAUCCAGCAGCAAUAAAAUCGAGGCAAUAAAAUUGUGUGUUAUCCUGUACGUACACAACAUACCUCAGCUAUGAUAGGAUGAUGAGCCGAGGCUUGAGCACAGCAGUGAAGGGAGCUGGACUGAGAUACUCUCACCUGGAGAAGAUCUACUCUGCAGCCAUUGCAACUGUCUCCCCUAUGAAGCUAAUAUCUGAAGCAUUAGAGUUUGAUAGGGCGACUGAGGUGCUCACUGUUGGCCAUGCGUCUUACCAGCUAAACCGUAAUGUGAAGGUGGUGGCAUUUGGCAAGGCAGUGCUCGGAAUGGUGGCAGCUGUGGAAAAUGUGAUUGGGGAACAUAUUAUCGAGGGUGUGGCUAGUGUUCCCAUAGGGACCAUGAGCACAGCAAUGUCCAACUUCCCACAAUACCUACCUCCUGAAACAAGUAGAAUAAGAAUUCGUGAAGGGGCUCUACACAAUCUCCCUGAUGUAGCGUCUGAGUUGGCAGCUAGAGAGAUACUGAGCUUGGUGAGGAGUGCCAAGGACGAUGAGUUGAUCAUCACUCUGAUAUCUGGUGGUGGGUCUGCUCUUCUGCCCUGUCCUGUCAGUGGGGUCACCCUGGAGGAGAAAAAACAGGUUAUGGAGAGUCUGGUUAAGUGUGGUGCUGACAUCAAUGAGCUAAACAUGUUCAGGAAGGCACUCUCUGAAAUCAAGGGAGGCAAACUAGCUCAAGCAGCUUACCCGUCCAAGCUCGUUGCUCUAAUACUGUCUGAUGUUAUAGGUGACCCACUGGAGACGAUUGCCAGCGGACCCACGGUACCAAAUAACACCCACAAUUGGGAUGUACUCGAUCUCUUGGACAAGUACAAGCUUAGAGAAGAACUUCCAACAUCAAUUAUAACACAUUUGGUUAAAACAGAAGAAGUGAAUAACAAUGUACCCGUUUGUAACGGAGAGUAUAUCAACACACAGAAUGUACUGGUUGGGACAAACAAAAUUGCCACAGCUGCUGCUCUACAAACUGCCCAGGCUCUCGGAUAUUCAAGUCAUGUGUGGUCUCAUUCCAUUCAAGGGGAAGCAAGGAAAAUAGGAGAAAUGUUCGCCUUAGUUGCUCAUAGCCUUUUUUCAGCGAUGAAAGGAGAAUCUUUUCAAUUGCCAGAAGUCUGCUUUGAAAACUGCUCAGAAGAUAUCAGAGACAAUUUGUUAAAUACUUUUUCGUCAAUCCACGAUAAUGUCCAAGGAUGUUGUCAUCAAAUUUGUCUAAUAAGCGGAGGAGAGCCUACAGUGACAGUUAAGGGAGAUGGGAGGGGAGGACGAAAUCAAGAACUAGCACUUGCCUUUGCCAUAAAACUGAACCAACUUCGAACCUCUGUGGAUUCCCACUGCCUCUUUGCCUCUGUAGGUACGGAUGGACAAGAUGGACCUUGCGAUGCGGCAGGGGCAAUUGUGGAUGGCAAUGUUGUUAAUGAUUCGAUGAAACAGAAUUUGGAUCCUGUAAAGUUUCUGGAUGAUAACGAUUCCUUUACAUUCUUCUCAAAACUAAAUGAUGGACAGUAUUUGAUUAGAACUGGACUGACUGGAACUAAUGUUAUGGAUGUACAUGUGCUAUUAUUGAAUAUCUCAUAAACUAUAACUACAA